AGGAACCAAGAAAACCAGAGUGCUGAAGUCACUUUCAUUCUCUUGGGCUUUUCAGAAUAUCCAGAACUCCAGAUGCCCCUGUUCCUGGUAUUCCUGACCAUCUAUACAGUCACUGUUUUGGGAAAUCUGGGCAUGAUCAUGAUUAUCCAGAUCAAUCCCAAACUCCACACCCCCAUGUACUUUUUUCUCAGCCAUUUAUCUUUGGUUGAUUUCUGUUACUCUACAGUAGUCACACCCAAACUAUUAGAAAACUUGGUUGUGGAAGACAGAACCAUCUCCUUCACAGGCUGCAUCAUGCAAUUCUUCUUUGCGUGCAUAUUCGUGGUGACAGAAACCUUCAUGUUGGCCGUGAUGGCAUAUGACCGAUUUGUGGCAGUUUGUAACCCUCUUCUGUACAUAGUUGUCAUGUCUCAGAAGCUUUGUUCCUUGUUGGUGGGUGCAUCAUACUCCUGGGGUAUAGUGUGUUCCCUGACUCUUACUUACUUCCUACUGAAAUUAUCCUUCAAAGGAAAUAAUAUCAUAAAUAACUUUGUCUGUGAGCAUGCCGCUAUCAUCUCUGUGUCCUGCUCUGAUCCCUACAUGAGCCAGAAGAUUAUUUUAAUCUCUGCCACAUUCAAUGAAAUAAGCAGCCUGGUGAUCAUUCUGCUCUCCUAUGUUUCCAUUUUUAUCACUGUCUUGAAGAUGCCUUCCACUGGGGGGCGCCACAAGGCCUUCUCCACGUGUGCUUCCCACCUGACGGCUAUCACAAUCUUCCAUGGGACCAUUCUCUUCCUGUACUGUGUUCCCAACUCCAAAAGUUCAUGGCUCAUGGUCAAGGUGGCUUCUGUCUUUUACACUGUGGUCAUCCCCGUGCUGAACCCACUGAUCUAUAGCCUCAGGAACAAAGAUGUGAAGGAGACAGUCAAGAAGUUAAUGAAGAUUGAGUUUAUAGAGUUACCCUGA